AUGACCGAAUCUGCUUCUGCUGCCACGGUCUGGCAUCAAACAAAAAUACCGACCAAGAAAUCAUCUGCUACAAAAUACUACGAUCUGGGUGCCUUCCACCGGCCCAUUACAACCACCAGCCAAGAUGCCCAGGCGUGGUUCAACCGUGGCUUCAUCUGGGCCUUUGCCUUCAACCACCAGGAGUCAGCUCAUUGUUUUGAACAAUCCAUAUUAGCAGAUCCGACUUGUGCGAUGGGAUACUGGGGCUUGGCGUUCUCGCUAGGUCCAAAUUACAAUAAACCAUGGCAGCUCUUUGAUGGAGAGGAUCUUUCAACCACCACAACACGGGCGCAUUCCGCGGUUAUUGAGGCGGCAAAGCACGCCGUAUCUCCUGUGGAGAAAGCGCUGAUCAAGGCUUUACAGCAGCGAUACCCUCAAACAGAACCCGUUGAAGACUUUACAGAAUGGAACAGCCAAUAUGCCAAGGCCAUGGCAGCUGUUUACCAGAUUUUUCCGGACGACUUGGAUGUCAUUGCCCUAUAUUGCGAUGCAUUAAUGAAUCUAACCCCAUGGGGCUUAUGGGAUUUGAAAACUGGCGAGCCUACACCUGGUGCCCGGACACUUGAAGUGAAGCAAGCUCUAGAUUGUGCAUUGGCACGCGAGGAUGCUCUGCAACAUCCUGGUCUCUUGCAUUUAUAUAUUCACCUGAUGGAGAUGUCCUCAACACCAGAGUGUGCGCUCCCGGUAGCAGAUAACCUGCGAGGCCUCGUUCCCGAUGCUGGUCACUUGGAACAUAUGCCGACUCACUUGGACAUUCUCUGCGGUGACUAUCGACGAGCGAUCGCAUCAAAUACAUCUGCGAUUCGGGCGGAUGAGAAGUUCUUGGCUAACCAGAGUCUGGGUCAUUUUUACCAUCUUUAUCGUGCGCAUGACUACCAUUUUCGCAUGUAUGCGGCCAUGCUGGGCGGCCAGUCUAAGAUCGCUCUAACCACUGCCACUGAAUUAGCCGAUUCUCUGACUGAGGAUCUCCUGCAGGUACGAUCACCCCCUCUUGCUGAUUGGCUUGAAGGAUUCGUGGCCAUGCGAGUACAUCCUCUGGUUCGAUUCGGUCGUUGGGAUGAUAUCAUUGCCUUGGCGCUUCCCGUGAAUCAAGCACUUUACUGCGUGACCACCGCCAUGACACACUACGCAAAAGGAGUAGCUCUUGCAGCUACGAACCGGAUUGACGAGGCGAGAAAGGAGCAGGAGCGCUUUCUAUCUGCCGUCAAGCUGGUCCCUGCUUCUCGGACUAUAUUUAACAAUACCGGUGUGGAUAUUCUUGGUGUUGCUGCUCCCAUGCUGGAGGGAGAGAUUUUAUAUCGCUGUGGGGAAUACGAUGCUGCAUUUGCUAGUCUCCGGACUGCUAUUGAAAGGGAUGACAAUCUUCCUUAUGACGAGCCCUGGGGCUGGAUGCAGCCAACUAGACAUGCUCUGGGAGCUUUACUUCUCGAACAAGGUCGAGUCGAAGAAGCGGCUAAUAUUUAUGCCGCCGAUCUUGGAAUUGAUCAGUCGCUGCCUCGUGCAUUGAGACAUCCGAAUAAUGUCUGGGCUCUUCACGGGUAUCACGAGUGUUUGAAUAAGCUGGAUAGAUUGGCAGAGGCACGCAUUUUGGAGCCACAGCUACGGCUUGCUUUGGCAAUGGCUGAUGUGCCUAUUCGAGCUUCAUGCUUUUGUCGAUUGCAUGUGAGUAGCAAUAGUCGCCGCAUUAGAAACAUUGAAAGAAUAACAUAG